CCGUGGCGGCGGGCGCAUGGCGGGGCCCGGCGGCGCGGGGGCACCGGGAGCGUCCCGGGAGCUGCUGGACGUGGGACGGCGGGCAGGGCUGGAAGACAUUUUGCUGAUUAAUUCAAAAUGUAGCAGCAAGAAGGCCACGACUUUACAGACAGUCAGGAUGCCAAGGAGCAGUGUUUUGGACCGAGUACAGAGCUUUUUACCACAGAUGGCCCAGGCAAAUGAUGAGCUCAAAAGAAAAAUGAUGACAGCACCAGCUCAUCAAUUUGAUAUUGAAAAUCUAGACAGUGCAACAGAAAAAGUUAUAGAAAUGAAUGUGGCUGUAGUUGAACUGAGUGAUUCUGAUACAGAUGAGGAGAUGCUAAGUUCAGAAGAUGACUCGGAAUCUGAAGAUGACUCUGUCAGCGAUGAAGUGACAAUAGACAACAUUAAGUUUCCUAAGCAAAAGGGAGAAAAGGGCAAAAUAGAAAUUUUGGACAGCAAAGUGAAUGAGUAAAUCCAUUUUAUUUUACUUUAAAAAAACCCAACCAAACCAACUCAUGUCUUCUCACUUUGAAGACUUGGCCCUUAAAACUAUUUUGUUUCCCAGUGUAGCAUCUCUCGUGCGAAAUGCUAUAGUUUACGUGGUGGAGAAUUCAGGAUCAACUCAUGACUGAAGGAGGCUGGGUUUCUGAAGAUUUAAGUAUGAUUUGAUUUAUCCAAAAACAUGGACAUGGACUUUGUAGUAGAUUAGACUGAGAAAGCAGCUUGAAUAAGGAUCACUUGAACAAAUUAAGUUAAAAUUCUUGUUCCGUUGCUUUGUUGAAAAGGGCUUUUUUUAUAGUAUGAUAGACAUUUUUACUUCAAGGGCAAGAAAGAGUUAACUAGGAAAAAAGCUUUGUUUUUAUAUUGUUAUGUACAAUGUCUUCCAUAUUAAACAUUAUCUUAAAGUA